AAUAGGGAUAUCCUUGGACUGCAGAUCUUUUUUGAUUGUGAAUUUGUGUAACAAACAAUCAAUGUAAUUGGUACUUAAAUGUGUUUAAUAGUAGGGCAACCGUGUUAUUUAUAAUGUCGAACCACACAAUAGAUGGUAAACUGAAAGGUUUAGAGGAGCGCUUUCAGAACGAGAUGCGUAUGCGAAAGGAAGGUCCUUUUCAUGGUCCAGGUGCUCUUGGAUCCAGCAGACCUGGCAGCGGUCGGAGGCCUAACAAACCCUUGUUUGGCAAGGACAUACCAGCAUUCCCACCACGGUCGCCACAUGCAGCGGAAACUGAGAACAGGAUGAGGGAAGUCCACAAGGUGAGCGGCAACCUGACCGUGAACAACGUGCAGUACCGGUCCAACGUGGACGACCUCAUACAGCUGGGGGAGCUCGGCAGCGGCACCUGCGGGCACGUGGUCAAGAUGAUGCACAAGCCCUCGGGCGCCGUCAUUGCCGUCAAGCAAAUGCGGCGAUCCGGCAACUCUGAGGAGACGAAACGCAUCCUGAUGGAUCUCGAUGUCGUUUUGGGCUCACACGACUGCCAGUACAUAGUGCGUUGUCUCGGCUGCUUCGUGACGGACGCGGACGUGUGGAUCUGCAUGGAGCUGAUGGCGUCCUGUUUCGACAAGCUGCUAAAGCGGCUCGCCGCGCCCAUACCGGAGGCUAUACUCGGCAAGGUCACCGUCGCGACGGUGAACGCCCUAUCGUACCUGAAAGACACUCACGGCGUGAUCCAUCGCGACGUGAAACCGAGCAACAUACUACUGGACGAGCGCGGGAACGUGAAGCUAUGUGAUUUCGGCAUCAGCGGGCGACUGGUCGACUCUAAGGCUAAGACUAGGAGCGCAGGGUGCGCGGCGUAUAUGGCGCCUGAACGGAUCGACCCGCCGGACCCUCAACGGCCCGACUACGACAUACGAGCCGACGUGUGGUCGCUCGGCAUAUCGCUGGUCGAACUCGCUACCGGCGUCUUCCCUUACAUGAACUGCCAGAACGAUUUCGAAGUGCUCACCAAGGUGAUAUCAGACGACCCGCCGCAACUGCCGGAGGACAGCAACUUUUCUCCGGAGUUCAAGUCUUUCGUAUCACAAUGUCUAACGAAGAACUACAGACAGCGGCCGAAGUACGCGAAGCUGUUAGAGCACCCGUUCGUAGUGAAGUCGGGCAGGAGUAACGUGUCCGUGGCGGAUUGGUACGCCAACAUCACCGGGGGACAUCCUACACCCGCCAAGACCGUGACAACAACAGCGACGCACACAGUGACAAGCGCGCGGGAAUUCGAAGCGCCCGUGACGCCUCAACCCGUCAGGAACAUGGUCACCAGCCAGUGGAACGUGGAGCUCACUCCCACACCCGCAAGGGCGUGGUGGGCGUCGGCAGGCCCGCACGCCGGAGGCAGCUCCUCGCAGCCCGCCAGCCUCGAGACCGACUUCGCCAACCACUCGCCUUACCCUCGGCGCAGGACGCUAGAGGCAUGCGCGUCUCCACCCCCGCCGCCGGCUCGGCGGGUCUCCGCGGACAACCGGUGGCGGCCCUCGCCCGCGAGCUCGGGAAACACUAGUCCUAUAGUCCUACAGAGGUUCUACCACCAGAGUCAACAGCGGCGGUCGCGGGUCGACCUGCACGCGACGCCCCGUCACAGGAGCCUAAGCCGCGAGCACAGCACGGGACGGUCCCCGGAGCCGCCGCCGCGCACCGGCCGCCCGCACCACAUGCUCGGACACGACGGUAAACACUAUUCCGUUACCAUGCUACUUAAUACAGCAAACGGAGUGGACCUGGAGCCGCCUUCGCUGCACGAGCGGCUGCACCCUCACCCACCGUCGCCGCUCCUGCUCAACAAUAGGUACGCGAGGUUAUCGGAAGGCCGGAGCCAAAGCCUGACGCGCGCGGAGCCGCGGAACGGGUUCCGCACGGACCAGCCCGCGCCGCACGCGCCGCGGCACCGCCACGACGACCAAGGCUGGCUGCACUCGCUCGCCGGACUCCUCAAGAGGAGGCUGAGCGGAUACGUCAAGUGGCAUCACGUUGCAGGCAGGCGCGAGCACCCGCACAACAGAUGGGCCCCCGCGGAGAGCUGGAGCGUGCCCGCGUCGCCCCUGCCCCCGCGCGCGCCGCCGCCGCGCCCCGCGGACUAGCCCCGCGACAUGUGGUACGUCGACAAGUGGCUCCAUCGCGUCGCGUACUGCACCCCCUAGGACUCCUAGGUAGAGCCACGUCACUGUUACGCUUCGAGGUAACCUUAACCUUACAUGAGAUUAGGCUGAGGGUAACCGUACACCCGCAUCGCAUUUAACACUUCAAGAACCCGCCUGGUACUCGUGAACGUUGCUCAGAUGUCGGACGACCCGCUGGGCGGGUUGUCGCCAUACAAGCGGGCGGUGGUGCGCCAGUUUUUGUCUGGUAGUGAAUGUGUUAGUAUUAUUUUUAUCAAAGAGGAUCCUAUAUAGAAUGUAGUCAGAGCACAAUGCAACGGAGGCUUUACAAUGAACCUCAGUUUUGAUAAUUUGGCCCAUGUUCUUAACUUGGUAUGUGUUAUCAAAUAUUAAUAUUAGCGCCAUCUAUCCGAGAAUCAAUCAUAGGUAACCGUACAUUUCUCUUGAUGUUUCCGAGGUACCAACGUUUUUUUCUUAGGUUUUAUUUAUCUAUACGGAGUUAUAUGUGUAUUUGUAUAAAAAGUCACACACAAGUGUAAAUGCGAUACGGACAUGUGGACGACUACCUUUAUCGUUUGACAUUACAGCUUGUUAUAAAUUUGUAAUCAUACUCGACUGUGAGAUUAUGAAAAGUGGAAGCAGGCUCCGCUUUCUUCGAAACUCUAUUUGAAAUAACAAAACCUGUUUCACCACAGUGUCACUUCGCCCGUUGAUUGCCUGUUCAACAAGGACAUUAAAUUUUUAUCGACUCAGAAAUAGGCACAGAAUUGUCAGUCCCACGUGAACGUCACCGUGGUGAAAUAGGUCACAGGCGGGCCUGUUAUUUGUGAUGACAUGAUUAUUUUAUUGUGUAAUAGAUAGUCAAGCUUAUGUCGAAUUCAGCCAAUGGGCAAGCUUGUUAUGGUUAUGUCAAAUUAAGUCUCAACUAAAUUAAGUCAAACUCACAUAUAUAAAGGUUUUAUUUACUUACAUGUUGUGAUUCGCAUUUCUUAGUUUUUGCAGGUAAGUCUCAUCUUCAUAUGAUUUUUCCCAGUUUCACAUAUUAUCAAUAGGCAGUACGUAACAUACAUGUCUUUUACGAAAUGAAUCAUCAUUAAAAAAUAUCGUGACAUUAUUUUUAUUUGUGUCUGUAAAACCCAAGAAAUGGCGAAUUAAAAAAGUAUUCCGUAUGAACUUGACAUAUUAAAUAAAGACUUACAUAAACUACAUGAGUCAAAGUAGGCUGUUACGUUUUACAGUUGGGUAAUGUUAAUGUGUAGUUUGAUUAAACCUACAUUCGUUUUCAAGAAAUAUUCACUAAGGGCCUUCUAACUGACUGUACAGUAAAUGAUGAGUAAAUGUCAUCAAGGUGAAAAUCUUUGCAGUCGUGUAGGGACUAUAAUCAAACUAUACAUUACGCCCCUUAUUUUAACCGGUUCUAUACAAAUUAUACCUAGAGACUAAUGUCGGUACGCUUAUCGCUGUGCGAUUCCAAGUUAUAUCAAGUGAUUCACAAGUUAGGCUAAAAGUUGUAUAUUAUUAGACUUAGUACAAACUAUGUCAAGUUAAGACUUAUUAGAAUAUUGCGGUUGAUAGAUACAAGUGAUUCGAGGGCCAUGAAAGUUGCGAGCGAGCAGCGUCAACCAUGAUCUGACCCUUUAGCACAACUUGCCUUGCCGCGCGCGAGUCCAUACAUCAAGCGC